CAACAAGCGAACCGUCCUUGUCCCCCCUUUCACCUUGAGUAAAGGACUGGAAGUUUACGUCCAAGUGGGGAGAGCACGGGGAAUCUCAUCAAAGCUACAGUUGGCGGGAGCAUCUGGGUCUCCGACCGCCUCUACUUUCUGACGGUCGCCCACGUCUUCAACAGCCAUGGCUUCUCGCUAUCUUCCGAGCCCGAGGACGCGGACUUCAAUAUGUACUUGGAUGACGAAAGCGUUAAUGAUUCCGGAGUUGAGAGUGAUGCCGACAACGAUAAUGAAACCGAGCCCCUGCUCGUAUCAAGUGCUAAUCCUGGAUACGCUAUGUCGCCAAUUUCCUCCGCCGCCGCCGCCGCCGACAGGCCAGCCGAGGGGGAUUCCAAGCAUAUUACCGAGAAAAAUCCCCAGGAUACCAAACUAUUUACAAUGCUACCAGCCACCACGCACACCUGCAAGUCUCUGGACUACGCGUUGAUUAAAACAGACGACAUCAUCAACCGGCUAUUACUAUUAACACCCAGAAAGAACUACCUACCAAUGCUAGAAACCUCUACUAUGACAAAAAUGGGUACCAUCGGCCGCGAAGAUGAGGACGUUCUAAUUGUCACAGCAUCGACCGAUCCCAUCCAGGGUCGCCACUCCGCUACACCGUUCUUUCUCAGGCUCCGUAAAGAUACAUAUACCAGCCCGUUCAAGAGAGUGUACCGAGUGAGCCUCGACGGCCAAAUCCAACCCGGUGACUGCGGCUCAUGGGUCGUGAACCCCCAAACCGGGGACUUUUUAUGGCCAUGUAUUCGGUGGACGAGCCCGCUCGGAUACAGCGUACAUCAUUCCUGCGAUGGAUUUCGCUGCGGGGCUUGGCUUGGGUCACGGGGAAUGGGAGAAAAUGGUUGCGGUGCCAUCGCUUGCAGCGGGGUCUUGUCCACGCGGAUCUCGAGUCUAUGAAUACGCGCUCUUGUGUGGUGUGAGGGGGCUUAUGGUGAUGAUGAUGAACAGGAACCCGCGCGGCCCCUGGUUGUGAAGUGUAGCUCGGAGCCUUCUGACCUUUCUGAGUCGGUAAUUGAGUGUGGAGGAGUUGAAGAAAUGGUAUUAUCUACCCUGGAUGUCUCGUCGUCGAAAUAGUAUGAGUAGGAGCAUG